UAGAAGUCGCAAAACUACAAGAAUUAAAUGGAAAAAAAUGGCUUAAAAUGGAAUUUGAAUGCACAGGUGUUGAGAAAUUCUGAGGUAGAACUCAUAUUUAAAAACAAAAUCCCAUUCCAACUAUUUAUUUGUUACGAAUAAUAAUGUUCUGUGGAUGGAUGGAUGUUUAUUUCUCUAUACAUAAAGGAGAUAUAACAUAUAUAAAGACAAAAUAAAACUAAUUACAGAAAAAAAUUUACAUGUCAGCAUUAGAAAGUUGUUGAAUGAACAAAGUAAAUUAGGCCAAAUGCUACUUUAAGUUGAUCAAUGCAUUAAUCCACUAUCUUGGCAUUUCCACUGUUUUUGAUUAGUCAAAUGUAGGAAUUUAAUGUAAUUUAAUACAAAUAGGAGAUAUUCAGAACAACCAUGUAACACAAAUAAAGAUUUCAAGUAACAUCAGGUACAAAAGCUUCUGAUUAUCAACAGUGUUGGACCUGUUAAACUGGUAAAUAUGCCAACUCAUGCCAUGGUUAACAUUAUUAAAUGCUGCAUUGCAGUGCAAAAAUCCUGGGAGGAAUGCUGAUGUUCUCAGUUUUCUCCACAUUUUUCUAUUUCAUCAUCUUCUAUGAAACAUGCAUGACAGAAAAUGAUCCAAACUGAUCCACUAUUUUCCCCUCUCAGACCGUCCGGCACUCUCGCCUGCAUCAGAUUUCUUUCCGGGACACUGCAGGACACUGACCACCUGGUUUGUUUAAUACUGUAAAUACACACAAGAGAGUGAGAUCAGUUGUCAUAGUUGUUAGGCAUUGCACUCGGAGGGGUUUAUUUUUAGCCCACAGCCAUGAUCCCCCCUUUAUCUGGACCAGAGCAAUUGUGGCAGAGUGUGAGAUUGUGUUUCUGACUUACUCCUGCUCACCAAACUACACAGCACAAACAGAAGGAGAAGGAGCCACUUGAUGGGAAAUUACAAAUCGAGGCCGUCCCAGACAUGUACAGAUGAGUGGAAGAAGAAAGUUGGAGAAUCGUACUCUGUGAUAGUGGAGAAGCUGGACGAUGACUUCCAGCUUAAAGACAGCGAGCUGGCGGAUCUCAAACUCGCUUUCAGCUCUGACGAGGCUUUUCAGAAGGUGAAUGUGAGCUACCGAACGGAGAAGGGGCUGUCGCUGCUGCACCUCUGCUGCGUGUGUGGAGGGAACAAGGCCCACAUACGAACCCUGAUGGUCAAAGGCCUCCGUCCUUCCAGACUGACCAGAAAUGGAUUCACUGCUCUCCAUCUGGCUGCUUAUAAGGACAACGCUGAGCUGGUGACUGCACUCCUGCAUGGAGGCUCGGAUGUGCAGCAGGUGGGAUACGGAGCCCUCACCGCCCUGCAUGUCGCCACGCUGGCUGGGCAUCAUGAGGCUGCAGAUAUUCUCCUCCAGCAUGGAGCUUAUGUCAACGUCCAGGAUGCUGUGUUUUUCACCCCGCUGCAUAUUGCUGCCUACAACGGUCACGGACAGCUGGCAAAGCUGCUGCUGAAGUUUGGUGCAGAUGUGAAUGCAAGUGGUGAGGUGGGCGACCGGCCUCUGCAUCUGGCUGCAGCCAAAGGUCUUCUAGGGAUCAUCAAACUGCUGAUGGCUGAAGGGAGCAAAGCUAAUGUAAAUGCCCAAGACAAUGAAGAUCACGUUCCUCUCCACUUCUGCGCCCGCUUCGGACACCAUGAGGUCGUCCGUUUUCUUCUGCAGAGCAGCUCCGAUGUGCAGCCUCACUCUGUCAACAUCUACGGGGACACACCGUUACACCUGGCCUGCUAUAAUGGCAAAUUUGCAGCAGUGAAGGAGAUAAUACAGUUCUCUGGUACAGAAAGUCUUUCUAAGGAGAACAUUUUCAGUGAAACAGCACUUCACAGUGCAUGCACCUACGGCAAAGACCUGGAGAUGGUGAAAUUCUUACUGAGCCAGAACACUAUGAGCAUCAACCAUCAGGGCAGAGAUGGCCACACAGCUCUGCACAGCGCCUGUUUCCACGGCCACAUCCGCCUGGUGCAGUUCCUGCUGGAUAACGGUGCAGACAUGAACCUCGUGGCCUGCGAUCCCAGCAGGUCCAGUGGAGAGAAAGACGAGCAGACGUGCCUCAUGUGGGCUUACGAGAAAGGUCAUGAUGCCAUCGUCACUUUACUAAAACACUACAAGCGUCCUGAUGACUCCCCCUGCAAUGAGUACUCCCAGCCAGGAGGGGAUGGGUCCUACGUUUCUGUCCCGUCUCCUCUCGGAAAGAUCAAAAGCAUGACUAAAGAGAAAGCAGAAGUUCUUGUGCUCAGGGCCAGCCUCCCGUCUCAUUUCCACCUUCAGCUGUCUGAGCUGGAGUUUAAUGAAAUUAUUGGAUCAGGCUCCUUCGGAAGAGUCUACAGAGGCAAAUGCAGGAACAAAAUCGUCGCCAUAAAACGCUACCGAGCCAACACGUACUGCUCAAAAUCGGACGUGGACAUGUUCUGUAGGGAGGUUUCCAUCCUCUGCCGCCUCAACCAUCCCUGCAUCAUCCAGUUUGUGGGAGCGUGUCUGGACGACCCCAGUCAGUUCGCCAUCGUCACCCAGUACGUCUCCGGAGGAUCGUUGUUCUCGCUGCUGCAUGAGCAGAAGAGGCUUAUCGACCUGCAGUCCAAGCUCAUCAUUGCCAUCGACGUGGCCAAGGGCAUGGAGUACCUGCACAACCUCACCCAGCCCAUCAUCCACAGGGACCUCAACAGUCACAAUAUUCUGCUUUAUGAGGAUGGGCAUGCGGUGGUGGCUGAUUUUGGAGAGUCCAGAUUUCUUCAGUCCGUUGAUGAGGAUAACAUGACCAAGCAGCCAGGGAACUUGCGCUGGAUGGCUCCUGAGGUGUUCACCCAGUGCACUCGCUACUCAGUGAAGGCCGACAUGUUCAGCUACGCCCUCUGUCUGUGGGAGCUGCUCACUGGAGAGAUUCCCUUCGCUCACCUAAAACCUGCUGCUGCAGCAGCAGAUAUGGCUUAUCACCACAUCCGGCCACCUAUUGGCUACUCCAUCCCUAAACCCAUCUCUGCACUUCUGAUGAGAGGCUGGAACUCCUGCCCAGAGGACAGGCCUGAGUUCUCUGAAGUGGUUUCCAACCUGGAGGAGUGCUUGUGCAAUGUGGAGCUGAUGUCUCCAGCCUCCAGUAACAGCAGCGGCUCCCUGUCACCCUCCUCGUCCUCCGACUGUCUGCUGGGCCGAGGAGGACCCGGUCGGAGCCACGUCGCUGCCCUUCGCUCCCGAUUUGAGCUCGAAUACGCUCUCAACACUCGCGCCUACGCCUUCUGGACUCAGAGCGAGCGUCGGCGAGCAUCUGGAGGCCUCACACUGGAGGAACUGAGGAGGAGUAUGCAGUUCUCUCCCAUUGAUCGAAAUGGGUACGUUUCUGAUCCAAUGAGCACCAUGAGAUUAAGUUCUUCUUUCAGCAGCAGCGGCAGCUUCGAGGACAGUAACUGAACCCGUUUUAAGCUGCAAACCUUUUUUAUUAUUUCCAUAUAACUGGCAUUUUGUGAAUUCAUUUUAGGUAAAACCGAAGUAGGAGACCAGUAAAUAGAGAUAUUACUAACCAACUUUAAUGUGCAUUGCAAACCUCAAUAUCAUAUGUUGGAUUUAUUUAUUUACUGCAGUAUGUAAAAAAAAAUGUGUGUAUUUUCUUGAGGCUUUUACAUCUUGUAAGGAUUUUGUGUGACAAAUUUUGAUUUUAUGUAUGUGCUUUGCAAUAAAGUACAGAAUGAUCAUGAA